GCUCCCAGGAUAAAAUCAAAAUGAAAGUGAAAAUAUUACCGAGCUCUAGUAAAAAUUUUACUAAGCCAAAGCUUAAGAGGAAAAUAAAGAAAGGAAAGUGGUUGUUGCUUUGUCUUUUUAUGAUUUCAUUUGAUUACUAGGAAAAGUAUAGAUGAAGAGAGAAAUAGGAAAAGAGGGAGUUUGUUGAUAAAAUGAUGAGAAAUAUUUUUACGGAAGGGAAGGGAGGUUUGCAAUGGGUAGUGUUAUUGGAUUAUCUUUCGAUAUCGCCAACCACUGCUAUUCGAUACCGUUGAAACGUCACUGCUUUCAGUUGGGAUCCAAGUUUGUUGUUGUUGCUAUCCAGUCAAUACCAUCCUCCUCGGCAACAGUGGAGUUCGCUUCUCCUUAUCUGCGCUUCUUCAAGCGCACUUCAUGACCAUGAUCCUUUGUCCUCAAUUUUCUCUUGGGUCUCGCUCGCAGAUCCACCGCCACCGCCACUACAACCAAAACCGAUUUCCUACCUUCCGUUUGUCUUCUCGAUGGAUCCCACUUCUCGCCCCGCUGUCGUCAUCGACAACGGCACUGGAUUUACUAAGAUGGGAUUUGCGGGUAAUGUAGAGCCGUGUUUUAUUCAACCAACAGUAGUAGCAGUUAACGAAUCUCUUCUAAAUCAAUCUAGAGCUUCUUCCAAAUCUAAUUGGUUAGCUCAGUAUUCAGCUGGGGUAAUGGCAGAUCUUGAUUUCUUCAUUGGAGAUGAAGCACUCACGCGAUCACGAUCAAGUAAUAACUAUAACAUUACCCAUCCCAUUAAGCAUGGUCAAGUGGAUAAUUGGGAUGCUAUGGAACGAUAUUGGCAACAAUGUAUUUUUAAUUAUUUACGGUGUGAUCCCGAGGAUCAUUACUUCUUGCUGACUGAGAGUCCACUUACUGCUCCUGAGAAUCGAGAAUAUAUGGGUGAAAUCAUGUUUGAGACGUUUAAUGUUCCAGGGCUUUAUAUUGCUGUGAAUUCUGUCCUUGCUUUAGCUGCUGGGUACACUACAUCUAAGUGUGAGAUGACAGGGGUGGUAGUGGAUGUUGGAGAUGGGGCUACGCAUAUUGUACCUGUUGCAGAUGGUUAUGUUAUUGGGAGCAGCAUUAAGUCAAUACCAAUAGCAGGAAAAGAUGUUACUCUCUUUAUACAACAACUGAUGCGGGAAAGAGGAGAGAAAGUUCCACCCGAGGACUCAUUUGAAGUAGCUCGGAAAGUGAAGGAGAGAUAUUGCUAUACUUGUUCUGAUAUUGUCAAGGAGUUCAACAAGCAUGAUAAAGAACCUUCAAAGUACAUCAAACAAUGGAGAGGUAUUCGACUGAAGACAGGGACACCAUACUCCUGCGAUAUUGGUUAUGAACGAUUUUUGGGCCCAGAGGUUUUGUUUAAUCCCGAGAUCCAUAACAGUAAUUUUACAACUCCUUUGCCGGCUGUAAUAGAUAAGUGCAUUCAGUCAGCACCAAUUGACACAAGAAGGGCUUUGUAUAAGAAUAUAGUGUUAUCUGGUGGAUCAACCAUGUUCAAAGACUUCCACAGAAGGUUGCAGCGGGAUCUGAAAAAGAUUGUAGAUGCCCGAGUUCUUGCUUCUGAUGCUCGGUAUGGUGGGGAAGUAAAAGCACAACCUGUGGAAGUUAAUGUAGUCAGUCAUCCUAUCCAAGGAUUUGCAGUGUGGUUUGGAGGUUCUGUACUUGCAUCAACACCUGAAUUUUAUGCGGCAUCUCAUACAAAAGCAGAAUAUGAGGAACACGGAGCAAGCAUUUGCCGCACAAAUCCUGUGUUUAAGGGGAUGUAUUAAGGCAAAUUUCCUUUUCAGGUGAUUAAUGAAAAAAUAAUUCUCUGAUGAUGCUCAAGGUGGUGACUUGCUAUUUCAAUUGCCAUCAAGCUCAUCAGUUUAUUUCAGUUAUUCCUGCUUUUUGCUUGGUGCUCAUGUGUAUUGGUUGUAAGAGGUCGGUUGAUGUAGAACAUAUUAGGUAGCCAGUCUUAAUAGCAAUGGUAAAAAAAUUAAAAUUAUUACAUUCAUUCUUUAAUUAGGAGUAAAGGGUCCUAAUGGCAGCACUAUAGAAUGCAGUCAGAUUUGUUACCGGCAAGCACUGCCUACACUUGCUGAUCGGAUGGAUAUCAAAUAGUUCGAAAAAAAUGUGAGCGGAAUUGCAGAUUUAGUUUCAGCUUACAUAGGAUGUGAUAGGGAUUUAAAAAAAUAUAUCUAUGGAGCAGGGUGGUUGGUUGUGUUUUGGUGGGAGCAGCAACAAACCCGGUGGUGUUUAAGUGUCAUUUCUUUCACCAGUGCAUUUUCUGUUAGCAAACAAGAUAGGAAUACUUUGUGUUAGAAAUUCAGUUUUCUUAUUAUUGACAUUUUGUAAUUUGGUGUUGAUCUUUUGUGUAACAUAUAAAGUUGGCUGAUAUUCAAAUAUGGUUUGCUUGUAAUUAAGGUACAUUUUACAACAAUUAUGGUGUUCUUUAUAUGGGAUUUAUUUUUCUUUUA